CCAUUUGUUUACAAAAUGGCUGCGCCCUUACGACCGACCGGAGUGUUGUGUCUGCUCUCUCGGAUUCACAAUGUGAAAGUCAACAGUCGCUUAAAUGUUCAAAAUUUUCCCCAACACUUUUACAGCCACUUCUCUCCAUUAGCUAUAUAUAAAUCUAAAGCGGGUUGUGUAUCUUUGACGCUUCCUAAUGGAAGCUCAAGGAGAGGAAAAUAUGUGCUGUCAAGGCAGAAGUCUACCGAAAGCUCCACAAACAGGACACACAUUCCCGAGAAAGUUGGACCAACACAAGACGGGACUGUGGUGACCAGCUCAAUCAACGGAGAUUUGAACAAUGGUCGUCUUGGUCACUUCAUGCAGAUGUACGAAGACUUUGUAGGACUUACUGAAGUCAAACAUGCCCAAGACAAAGUUGUGAAGGCGGAGCAGCAGUUUCUCCAGGUACAGGAGGACAGACGGACCAUGCAACAAGAAAUCACAACGGUGCAGGCAGAGGUUCGAACCCUGGGGGCAGAACUAGAGAAAACCAAUCGCACAGACUCCAAGUACAUCGACCUGGUCAAGAAAGAGCACGAGAUUCUCCUUGUAGAGAAGGACAUGACCAAUAGGAUCAAGGCUCUGGACAAAGCCGAGAGGGAUUUCUUCUCUCUGCUCAGUGCAGCCGUCCGCGAGAGCCACGAGAAAGAGAGAGCCCGGGCGGAGAAGACCAAGUACUGGUCCAUUAUCGGCUCGGUGAUUGGAGCUAUUAUUGGAAUCGUGGGGUCGACCGUCAACAACCAUCGGAGGAUGACGCAGAUGAGGGCAAUUCUCACUGAGUCAGGGGAGAGCACUGCAGAGUAUAAAGCUAUGACAGAUAAAUUGUUACAAACUAUUAGCCAGAAUUCAACUUCCGAGAGCUUUCAUUUUCUCCAGAACACAGAGAGUAGUGGUGUGAACGUACAAAAGCAAGGAUUUGAACCCGAUUCCUUCGUGGUCAGUUCGCAGCUGAUGGAGAAACAAAGGGAGGAAAUUCUACACAGCAUAGAUAAACAAUCAGCGGCUGUUAUUUCUCAACUCGACAAAAUUCACAGACUUGUAGGAGUCCAACGAGCCCAGCAAGGGGAGACAAACGUGGUGUACGUCGGGCCGGAGAUCCAGACAAUGUUAGAGAGUACGCGGGAGAGUCUAGGAGAGAGGAUGAAACAGAACACGCUGGCGUCUACUGCGGCUAUCUCCGGCGUGUUGUCCAUCGGCGUUCUGGCGCUGGUUUAUGUCAUCAGAGGCUCUUCCUGACCUGUACCGUCUACCAAGGGUCUGUCCCCGUGGUUUUGUGCGCCCGGCAUAAUUUUGCGAAAUUUGACCCUUUUUUUGCAUAAUUUCUAAUUAUUUUCCUUUAUCAUUCUUUGUUAAAAAAAAAACAAUCGCGUAAUUUCACAUUUUUGGGCUCAGUUUGCAUAAUUUCAGAAUUUUUUUUGCAUAAAACGACGGGGACAGAAGGGGGCUGGCUAGUGUGAGGUAUUCCAACAACUUUCAAUGUUACUUGUGUGGCAUUGUUGUGAAAUCCAGCGCUUGUUAAAAUAAUGUUAUCAUAAAAUCAAAGAAAUCUCCAUUUUUCAGCUUGUUGGGCAAUUUUCAUCUUUUUAAAAUUUGGUUCAUCACCUUUAAUGUCCAUUGAAAAACUCAUUUCUACUUUGCGGAUUUUGC